AGAGCGGCUUCGCUCGUAGAGGGGGGGAAGCAGAGGAGGGGAAGAGACCCCCCCCCGCCGACCGGCCAGCGUAAACCACCGCGGCGGGAGCGAGCGAGCGAGCGGGGCCCGCUGCGCUGCUGCGCCCAGCCAUGGACAAUCAGUGCACGGUUCAAGUAAAAUUGGAGCUGGGGCACCGAGCCCAACUGCGAAAAAAGCCCACCACCGAAGGGUUUACUCAUGACUGGAUGGUAUUUGUCCGUGGCCCGGAGCAGUGUGACAUCCAGCAUUUUGUGGAAAGGGUGGUCUUUCGGCUACAUGAGAGCUUCCCAAAACCCAAGCGAGUCUGCAAGGAGCCCCCUUACAAAGUGGAAGAGUCUGGCUACGCAGGCUUCAUUAUGCCCAUUGAAGUGCACUUCAAAAAUAAGGAGGAGCCGAAAAAGGUUUGUUUCACAUAUGACCUGUUCUUAAAUUUGGAGGGAAAUCCACCUGUGAACCACCUUCGUUGUGAGAAACUGACUUUCAACAAUCCCACCAAGGAAUUCAGACGCAAACUCAUUAGGGCUGGAGGGGUAAUGGUAAUGCCAGAAGGAGCAGAAACUGUUUCAAGGCCAAGUCCAGAUUAUCCUAUGUUACCCACAAUACCACUCUCUGCCUUCUCUGAUCCCAAGAAGACCAAACCCUCCCAUGGGUCAAAGGAUGCAAACAAGGAAAGUAGCAAGGCAUCCAAGCCACACAAAGUAACCAAGGAGCACAGAGAGAGGCCAAGAAAAGACUCUGAGAGCAAAAACUCCUCCAAAGACCUUGAAAGAGAACAAAACAAGCCUUUGAAGGACUCCUCCAGAAAACCAACUGAGAACAAACUGCCUAAGGAGGAGAAGGCACCUCCAAAAGCUGCUUUCAAGGAACCAAAACUGGCCGUGAAGGAGACCAAACUGGAGAACACUUCUCCAAAGGGCGGGCCACAGCCGGAGUUAAAGUCUUCCAGCAAGAGGCCCUCCAAUGUCGAGUCACCAAAGCCUAGUGCCAAAAAACAAAAAAAGAGUAGCUCCAAAGGGGUAAAGAAUAUCCUAGGGACAUCUCCCAGAACCUCGUCUUCCUCAUAUCCAGAGAAGAAACAAACCAAGGAGAAGAUGAAUGCCAAAGUGGAAAAGGUAAAAUCUGAAAGUGAGGCCAAGGAGAUCAAAAAGCCUGUGGAAAUGGAGGAGUCAAAUUCAGAGGAUGAAACUUCUUUCAAGUCAGAGUCUGUCCAGUCCAGCCCUUCCAACUCCAGCUCCAGCUCCGACUCCAGCUCUGACUCUGAUUUCGAGCCAUCUCAGAACCACAGUCAAGGCCCACUGCGCUCCAUGGUGGAAGAUCUACAGUCUGAGGAGUCAGAUGAUGAUGACAGCUCCUCUGGAGAAGAGGCAGCAGUCAAAGCAAACCCAGUCAGCCGGGAUUCCAGACUGAGCCUUAGUGACAGCGACAGUGAUAACAGUGCAGAUUCCUGCCUGCCAAGUCGAGAGCCACCUCCUGGUCAGAAACUGCCCCCAGCAAAUAACAAGGCAUCUGGAAGAAAAAGCCCAGAGUCUUGUAACAAGCCAGAGAAGAUCCUGAAGAAGGGAACAUAUGACAAGGCCUACACUGAUGAAUUAGUGGAGCUUCACAGGCGACUAAUGGCACUACGAGAGCGCAAUGUGCUACAGCAGAUUGUAAAUCUCAUUGAGGAAACCGGGCAUUUUAAUGUUACCAACACAACCUUUGACUUUGACCUCUUCUCCUUGGAUGAGACAACCGUCCGUAAGCUGCAGAGCUACUUGGAAGCAGUAGCAACAUGACGCUUGGCCUUAGAAGCAGGCUGCUUUUGAAACCAGAAAUCCCGUUUAUUGGUACCAGGAAACGAACCCAUGGAACUAGGCCUUCUUAUUAUCUUGAUUCACCCGAAGCACUGCCUUAGAGAACAGCCAUGCUCUAUGAAUGCACAGCCAGCUGCACUUUCUUGUAGGCUUCAAACAAGCACCCAUAUUGCUGAGUCUGUCCUCCCUAGCUUCAUAAGUACGCUUGGGCACAGGUCCUGAGUAGAGCAAAAGAUGUGCUGCACUUAGCUGCACAGUGUGACCUUUUUGGUUUUACUUCGAGAAACUGUGUUUUAAGAGCACAUUUUCAGGCGUCUCUGAGAUCUGAAGAAGUGUGGAUGAUGUUUUCUUCACCAAAUCUAGGGACCAGCCUGCCUGCGGAGAGCUCUAGCGAGUCCCGUUUCCUCCAGCUCUGUGAAGAAGCGUUCAUGCUGUGUAAGCGAGAUUGGCUUUUACAAAGCUAGCCAAGAGACUGAUGACAGAGGAGGCUUCCCAGGGGUCCUGCUGGUCUGCUAAAGAGGAAAGUGGACAGAUUCCAGUUUUGAUCACUUGCAAGUUAGUUCUGCCGCGGUUCGGUACAGAGCACUGCUGUAAUUUGGCUCCCGAUUCCUACAGGGCAUCGUUCCACGCGCAGGACCUUCAGCUUCCUGCAGAGACAGUUUGUGCUCUUUGAAGAGGCCUCUAGAAUCUGCUGUCUCCCGCUGGGGUUUUGAGAUGUCUUGUUUGUUGAUCUGAGCUCCUAAACAAAGUCUCACUCCUUUCAGUCUGCUUUAACUGUAAUAGGACUACAAAACUGUAAGCUGUAUAUUUUAUAUAUAUAUUAUAUAUAUGUAUGUACUGUAUGUAUAAGAAGGGCCUAGUUGGGUCUUAUGAUCUUAAGGGUGUGUUUUUCUGUUAUGUUUUUUUUUUUUAAUGGCUAUGGCAGGGGAAGGGCGCUUAAUAAGAUUUGACUUGUUUGUUAAAAUGCCUCUUGUGGACAAUUUUUAGUGUACGGAAGCUGAACAGCAAUCUUCAAAGCAUUUUGUGCUCUGGAAGGGGCUCACCUGUUGUCUUUUCAUUUGUCAGUGUUUAAUAACUUUGCCAAAAUACGUGAUUGGUUUUGUUCUAUGUUCUCAAAGAGGAAUCUCCUACAGUGGCCCCUAUAGUAGUGGCUGUACUUUGGGAAAACCAAAACAAGGGAGAAUUUUAUCUUUGGGACACACCUGGAAAGCGCUGAUGUAAAAAGAAGUGAAGUCAGGUUUGUUUCUUCUUCCCUCUCCCACCCUGCUGCCUGUUCAAGAAAUGGCAGGAAACAGUAAACACUAAUCUAAAAUCAUUCAUAUAUUUCUAGUUAAACUAGUAUUGACUUCCAAGUGUUGUCUAGGUUGGUGUGAGGAAAGUCCUGUAGCUUUCAUCCAAACUGUGUUACACUCAUGUUCCCUAAUUUCAUUUUUUUGGGGGUGUUUUGGGUUUGUUUUGUUUUGUUUUUUGUUUUGAUUUUUUUGUGUUUUGGGUUUUUUUGUUGUUGUUUUGGGGGUUUUUGUGGGGGGUGGGGUUUUUUUUUUUUUAAGAAUUGCUCAGUUUUUCCAAUCAGUGUCUAAGCUUUUGCCAAAUGUUAAGUGGGCUGCAGGCAGUGAGGAGGAGAGCUGUGGUCCAGAGGAGCCCUCUGCUCAUGAGUGGACCUCCCAUAUCUGUGAAAGCCCCGUGUGGGAGCUGGGGGGUUAUAUCACUCCAGGGUUUGCUGUCCCUUCUCCAUUAUGAAAUUACAGUCCCUUGUUUUGGGUUACCCCUUUCUUUAUCAUGGAAAUGUUGCAACUAAUCAACUUAAGUGGCAAUAUGAUGAUAAGCUUGUUUGAGUUGGGUCAUGUUGACCCGAUUCCCAUUAAUUUUGUCUUUGUACCAUCUUUCAUGUGUCGUGUGUGUGUGUAUGUGUGUGUGUGUAUAUAUAUAUAUAUAUGUGUGUGUGUAUAUAUAUAUAUAUAUAUAUAAAAAAAAAAAUCAAGCUCAUACCAGGUGCAAACCCUGUCACAACAGUGAUCUCAGCUGUUUUCUUUCUUGAUGGACAAUGCCAAGCCUGGAUAGAAACCCUGUGCGCAAAUGUACACAUGCUGAGAAGGUGGAGGACAGUGGGAAGAGGAGGAGCGGCAGUCCUGUCUUGGUUGGCAGUAGGAUGCACCGUGGUGGAGGACGGCAGACGCAGUCCACGAGUGUCACAGACUCUCCCGUGUGCUGUGUUAGGCGUGGUGGGUACGUGUGAACUACUCGUGGUCUCUGUUGGGUCUGUAGCGUGGAGGAGGCAAGCCUUGCGCGGUCGCUACGGCCCCAGACUUGGCUCCCUGGGCGUGCAGAGCAGCCCCUGGCGCAUGAUGCCUCCUGCCCCCAGUGAAGGGUGGGGUUGGUGACAUUGUCCUGUCCCCGAAGCAAUAGGAGCAGAGGUGGUAGCUCAGCCUGAGCCCGAGAUCCCCUGAGGUCUUUGCCUCCUCUCUCCACCCAGGUAACUUACUCCCACAGCUGUUGCAUCCGUGUUGCCCAUCCUGGCAGUAUUUCUCCUGGGACUGUCAGUAGCCUCCAGAGUUACCCCACGAGGGAUCAGAGGUGCCACCUCCCUUCUUCCCUCUUCUUAUGUUAAGAUCUGAAUGGUCACGCUGCUCCCAGCCAGUCCAAGAACACGUGUGGGAGGGUGUUCCUGAACUUGGCUGGAAGUGCCCGGGGCUCCUGCCUGCAGCUGUGGCAUCGUCCUGUCCUGGAACCGACUUUAUUCGUGAAGUCUAAUGAGCAUUGAUAGGAAUUUUGUUUGGUUUUUAUAAGAAGUAUUUUACACAUGGAUUUUUUUAGACUGUUUAUAAUCUCCUUGAAAACCUGAAAUAGGAUUGUUCCCCCAGCAAUAGUUCUUUUUCAUUGUGUGCACAUGCUGAUUUGUUACUAAAAGGUUUCUUGCAAGUACUUAGUUGUUCUACAGAGUUGUUGUUUUAUGGGGUAUGUGGUAGCAUCGGGGACCACAGGAGGAAUGACUCUGCAAACAAAGAAUGGUCAAAUUUGGGCCUCAUCUUGUGUCCCCUUCUAGUUACAUAUGAACGAGUUCCCUGUGUAGAUUCUCUAUAGGCUGGCUGAAUGCUGUUCUGAACAUGCCGUGUACAGGUAUUUGUGGAUAAAGUGUUUGUUCUUGUGUCACUCUUGAGAGCAUGGAUGGAUUAUUGUACUAUAGGAAGGAGGUGGCAGUGCUGCUGUCAGCAUUGCUUCAGGUCUUCGAGGAUGUGUAGUAGCUUGCAUUGUUAAAAAAAGGAAAAAAAAAAUAUAUCCAAAAUUGACUUCUAGCCAUAAUGGUUUUUCCAAGGAAAAUGGACAGAACUCUGUUACUUUUCAGUGUCCUUCAUCUUGUUACUGAGGGCACAAACAAGUGCUGAUCAGUCUGAAGGCUUUCAGAGUUGCUUUGAAUUGAAUCGUGUUGGAGGUAAGAUCAGGACACAGCUUUUCCUUUGUCCUUGGCCUUUGUAUUAAAGGGCAAAAGAGGGGUCAGGAGUAUUUUCCUGUUGUCUUGGUCUGCGUAUGUAUUAAGCCUUGAGGCUUUGAUUACUGACAUUUACUGUUUAAAAAAAAAAAAGAAAAAAAAAGGAUAGUAAGGCUGGCUGGAUCCCAAAACACCAGCUGAGGAAUAUUGGACAUGUAGGUAACGAGACUGGCUGUGCCGUGGUCAGGCUGAAUACAUGGAAGUGCAAUGAUUUUGCCACCAGUUCUUCUAUUGCUGUGUGCGGUGGUAGCAUCAGAACUAGCAAAGCAAUUGAUGCAACAAUCCAGAAGCAGUUUUUGUCAGAUCUUGAACGUAUUUGAUGGUGAGAGAGGUUUAAACUUCCCUUACGGAGCUUGCCCUGUCACGUUCUCUGCGAGCAGAGACCCGAGUCACUCUGAUUCUGCAAAUUUCAGCUGCCAUGUUGGCGAACGCACUGGAGCACGGGCGGUGUACUCGGACGAAGCUUCUCUCUCCUAGCCCAGGUGCCUGGCACUCACUAGUUGGCACGCUCGUGUCGAUGCUGUAGACAACCAUCGUGCACCUUGUAUGAGUAUUACUUCUAAAAAGAUGAAAAUCGAUUGGUAUUGCUUUCCUGGGGGCGAGAAAUAGCCAUCAAAAACUGACAAGAUGAGUUUGCACUCCUAAAGAAAAAUGUAAGUACUUCAACUUCUAGAUAAUUUUUAAUUGUAUUUCUGCCUAGAGCCGAGGUAUUAAAUACCUUGUCACUUGAGGAUUUUAAAAGUUGUGUUGGGAAAUGAAUUCUUCACUCGGCUGUAAGAAAUUCAGCUGGCCCAAGACUAACUUCAAGAUUAAAAAAAAAAAAAUCAUGUUUGUAAUACGUUACAGGAUUGUUUGUCCUGAAUUUUAAACUUUUUGUUAAAUUUGUGGAACUAUGGAGGAAUUUUCUAGAAAAAGUGAAAUAAAGUAAGAUGGAAAAGUAAAA